AUGAAAUUUGAAUGGCUAGCAAAUGAGCGAGGCCUCGGUGGUGACUGCGCCGUCGCUGCCGAUGGGUGCCUUCUGUUGACAUCAGAUUUUGGAGAGUCCCGCCUCCUUGCCGCCAAGGCCGCCGCCGCCCGCCGCCUCGAGCGGCACCGCCUCCUCCUCGAGCGCCGCGCCGCAGACCUCGCCUCCCACGCCCUCGCUGACAUCGACGCCACCCACGCGCGCCGCCUUGCCGUCGCCCGCGACAUCAGCUCGACCAACGGCGAGAUUGAGGACGCGCAGCGGAAGGCGGAGGAGUGGGGCCGCUUCUACGAGUCCAAGAGGAUGGAGAUGGAGGAGUUCCGGCCGUCGUCUCCACAGCCUCCAUCCACCACGGCCGCAGCCACUUCUCAACCCCACGACGUGGAGGCACCCCUGCAGGAGCUGCAGAGCAGCGGGUUGCACUCGGACGACGCCGGGAUCGGGGCUGCGGAAGCCUGGAAGGCCUACCUCAUGGCUAAGAAGGCCAAGCUGGAUGAGACCCUUGCUGCAGCCCGCCAAUUCAGAGCACUGCUUCGGCAGCAGCUCCAGAAAGCCUUCGCGUCACAGGUUAGGGAUCAAAAGGCAGCACAAAACUGACUAGUUAUGUGGUACAAGCAAACCGACAUUCAUUAGCUAGCUCAUCAAUCGCUUCAGAUUAAGGAUGCAAUGCAAGUGUGGCGGGCUAGUGGACAGUAACAUAGUAGUACAAAUGUAGUGUUACUUUUAGGCAAAUGUUGAGCAAAUUUUGAACUAAUGGAUGAGUUUUGUGGGACGAAGCGGGCUGCCACUUGCACUCCUCCUACUGAUGAAACGAACUUCAA